AUUCUAUAAGAUCUGUCCUUUAUAUCAGUGUGAUACAAACUACACAUGAAAUACACAAGCAUUCACUAUAAAUGUAAAAAUACAUCUAUUUCUCCAGUAUCUGGUACAAUUAAAAAAACACAUUCUAUCAUUUCAUUUUUAAGUGUAAACCAGAAAGAACAAAAGAACUAUUAAUCUUUCAGAAAUGACUGCGAGUUUUCAGUUCCUUCACCUUUUAAGUUGCUUCUGGUUCUCACUGUAUGGAGGCCCAGAUUUUGCUGGCAUUUUCUCUCCCAGAACCUGGUGCCUCAUUGACUCAGAUGCCAGCAACAAAAGCCAAAGACUUCUGGAAAUGAGCAAAGCACAGUGUGCCCUGCUACAGCUAUCAACACCUGUCCUGCUCACAAGAUUGUAUAAGGCAGGUGAAUAGGGACUAGAAGAGACUUGUUCAGGAGAAGACCCAUGACUUCCACAAGGUCAGAAAGUCCUGGGAGACAGCACACACAGAACCUGGCUUCGAUUAGCUUGUUAAAGCCAGCGUACAAAGAUGCACUCCAAAACCUCCACCUGUCCAGCAAGGAUAAUGUUAGCUUUUUGUUUUUCACUUGAGAAUCAAAUUUCCUUCCCCAGUUUUAUGCUUCAGGCAGGGUAAUUUUUCCACAUGCUUUCUAGGAUUCAGGGAUCUCAUUAUGAAAUACACCUAAGGAGUCAAUGGGAAAUCAGAUGCCAAGUGCUGCUUUCUGCAGAUGAAAGACUGUCUCAUGCCAAGAUCUCUAAUGGAAAGCUACGUAUGAAGCUCACAUUUUGCUUACGUGGUUUCCCUUCCAUUAUGUUCCCUCACAUGCUGUGCUCUGAGCAAGCUGCAGGAAAAAAAGGGAACUUAUUGGAAAAAUUCCCCAUUUCAGUGGUUUUCCAGAUGCUAAGGAGGAUCUAUUCAGCCUCCUGAAAUUAGUUUCUACAGUUCAAAAGCAGUUUGCUGAGAAAAACAUUAGCAGUAGAGGAAGAGAAACUCCUUUUAUAUUCUUCUCUCCUACAUCUGUAUGGCAAAGGAUUGCUACCUACAAUAGCAGGACUCCUGACCUGAUGCUGCUGGAGAAAUGUUCCCUUGCGAUGGGCUUUGCGUGCUGGUGGAGUGCUGUUGUGUGGUCAUCUCAACCAUGGUAGUGCCUGUUGUUUGAAUGAGGCCAGACAGGAUGAGGCAAGCCCAGCAGGCAUGUCUGCCAGGCUUGUCCCAGCCACCUGCUGAAUCCCCAAGACUCCUGCAUGCUGCACACAUCUCCUGACUGCCCCAAGAGUGCUGCCAGCACUCUAACAACCAACACCGCAACUCAGGCUGGUGUUGCCUCAGAGUGUCAAAAGAAGCAAGAAUUUCCACGCCCAAGCCAAAAUUAGCAGGGAGAGAAACUGGAGGGGAAGGAGCUGCCUACCAAGCAGAGGAUGUACAAACGGCUCUGCAGGUCCUGGUGGGGAGCUGGCAGGCAGGGGUCACUGGCCAGUCUGGGACAGGCUGCCGUUGCCAUGGUCUGCUCAACUGAACAGGGUCAGAUCACUUCCCGCUCCAUCCUACCACCUUGCUUGGUUCCCCCAGUUUUAAUUUCCUUCUCAUUCACUGAGUUUAAAAUCAGUUGUCAUAAAAAGCUUAUUCAUUCAUUCUGCUAUUAAGAACUGCCUUUGCCCAAGUUUCCUCCCUCCCUGCAGCAUCUGGCACUGCACGGCACUGUGAAUAACCAGGUAUGGCCAGGUAGAAAACACGUGGCCUAACAUUUAUAUCUUGGAGUCUUUUCCCAUGCAAACUGUAGAGCUGCUGUUUGCGCAGUUUGUAAAAUUUGAGACUUUAUUUGAAAAACAUUGCUUAGUUACUCGGGCAACUGAUUUGUUUCUAGUGUUAACAAGUUACCCGCAGACUAGGUAAAAUAAUUUAAUCCCUGAAAGUUUUCACACACAAGGAUGUCUCUUCAAAGAUUAAGCCACAUAAAUAAAAAGCUCGCUCACAUGCAGGAGAAAAAGGCAGAGGUCUGAACGAAGCCCUGUUAAUGGAAAGACUCUUGCUGGUUUCAAGAGAUCAGUCCUUCCCAGCUGAGCAGAUUAGUCCUCCCUAAUAAGUCUUGACAGUCCCGCAGGCUCUGUCUAUUACUAUAUUUAGCCACCAAAGCUUAUACAACAUAGACAAGAUAGGCAGGCAUGGACAGAAGAUUAAUACCAAGUAAGUCCCUAAGGUAGAAGUGUCACAGCACAAGUCAUUAUCAACAGGAGGGAGAGAGGCUGUGCUUGUCAGCUGAUGUGCAGCGAUCAGAAAGCACCACCAGCCAGAAUUUACAGUGAGAUUUUUCUGGAAACGAUCAUGCAGGUCUUGGUGCACAAGCUUGUUAGUUUGAAUUGCACAGUUUCUACGUUCUGACACUGGAGAUAACUCGUGAAGACAACUUGUGACCACCUGGAGGCAUAGACUGAGCUCGCAGAUGUCUCCCCAGAAUCUCUCACUUUCAGACUCAGUGCACAUAGUGAUUUUGGCUUCCAUACUAUCUCUUAUAAUUUACUGGCUCAUCAGAGACAGUCGCAGAGUGAGAAACCUGAGUGGAAAGCAUGUCUUCAUAACUGGCUGUGAUACUGGACUUGGAAACUCAUUGGCUAAAUGGCUUGACAAAAGGGGAUUUUGCGUCAUUGCUGCAUGUUCCACAGUAAAAGGAGGCCAAGAGCUACGGUCCUGCUCCUCACUCUCACUGAAGACAGUGAAACUGAACUUAGCUGACCCCAACAGCAUUGCCAGGGCUGUGGUGUUUGUGACUAAAGAGACAGCCGGCAAGGGGCUUUUUGGCUUGGUGAGCAAUGCUGAAGGAACAGCACCUGUAGCACCCACUGACUGGCUGAGGAUUGAAGACUUCCACUCGGCGCUGGGUGUUGGUCUCCUGGGACUGAUUGACAUCACGCUCAAGCUUCUGCCACUUCUGAAAAAAGCUGAGGGAAGAGUAGUCAAUCUAAUCAAUGCCAAAGGCCUCAUGGCUUUUGUAGGGGGUGGCUACAGCCUGUCCAAGUGGGGCAUGGAAGCUUUCUCUGACACCUUACGGAGAGAGAUGCAGCAUUUUGGAGUGAAAGUAAGCAUUGUUGAGCACAGUUUCUUUAAGGCAGGAGUAGUUACUUCAGAUGUCAUUGAGAGAGACGUCUUAAGACUUUGGAACAGACUGACUCCUGAAAUCAGGGACUCCUAUGGAGAAAAAUACUUUGUUGAAUAUAUAAAAGCUCAAAGAUCAUCAGUGAAAAGCCUGUGUGACACUGAUAUUUCUAAGGUCAUAAAAUGCCUGGAACAUGCCCUGAUGGCAAAGUACCCCAGGACACGAUAUGGAGCUGGAUGGGAUGCAAAGUUAUUUUGGCUGUUUCUGUCCUAUGCCCCAAGCUGUUUAUCUGACAUGCUGCUGUGUAUGAUGUUUCCAGCUCCAGCAGCUACUGGGAAAUCUCAUCCUGGAGUUCUAAUUAACAUCUAGUAUUAAACCAAUAUCAGCUCUGUGGAAAUAAAUAUUCUGUCAAAAGCAGAGGUCGUCUUCUUUAUCACAUAUUAGACUGCUUAAAUUCCUUUCAGAAGACAUUUUCUCCACCCCUCCCCCCGCUCCGUCUUACCUGGAAUUUCUGAGUUUGCAGACAGGCUUGUAAAUCCAGCAUGCUUUUGAAGGUAAUUUUUUAUGCUCAGAAAUGUCACCUCUAUAGGAUCUGCAUUCAUAAAAUAUUCAGCUACAAAGU